CAGUUCCACAGCUGGAGUCUUCAAGGCUUUUCUCAAAUACAGAAAGACGCUUCUUUCUGUAAGAUUUUAAAGAUUUAUAUUUAUUGCAUGAACAGAAUACAAACGAUCGGAUUCGUCGUAGAUUAAGGAGAUACUUUAUGAAUGAAAUCAGUUUCCUUCUCUCUCUUUUUUUUUUUUAUCAUCGGUUGAGAAUUUAGCCUACUGCCCGAAGUAAAUGGACUAUCACACCAUUAUCUCCGGUGAUGAAAUUUUGAAAGGUGCUGUGGACCAAAAUCAUGUCGGAUUGUAGCUGGAAUAAUUUCCUAUCAACAAAGAAAAAAUAAGUAUAUUGCAAUAUCCCGCUCCAACUGCUGCGUCUUUCUGCAGUUUGAGGCGGUUGCAGCUGUGGGGCUGAAGAUGGGCCGCUUUCAUUCUCAGGUUUUCAUGAUGCUGGUGAUGGUAGCACUGCCAGUAGUGGUACGUUGUUGCCCACAGCCAUGUGCAUGCCACCAGCCCGCAGAGGUGCACUGCACGUUCCGUUCCUUACUUACAGUGCCAACUGGCGUGCCCAAACAGGUGCAACGGAUGAACCUGGGGUUCAAUACUAUAAAUAAAAUAGCGUACAGCUCUUUUGCUGGGCUACGAAAACUAGAGCUGCUUUUGAUGCAUGGGAAUGAUGUGAAUCGAAUUCCUGAUGGAACAUUCCGCGACCUCGUAUCCCUUCAGAUGCUGAAACUAAGCUAUAAUAAGCUGAAGGUAAUUAGCAGACAAACCCUUUUGGGUCUCUGGAGUGUCACUAGGCUGCACCUGGAUCACAACAAACUUGAGUUCAUUAACCCUGAUGCAUUUCAAGGCCUCACCUCUCUUCGUCUUCUGCAACUGGAGGGUAACCAACUUCAGCAGCUCCACCCAGCCACCUUCUCCACUUUCUCUAUUCUUGGGCACUUCCCAGUGUCCACCCUGAAACACCUGUACCUGUCUGAUAAUGCACUUACCACACUGUCACAGUGGAUGCUGGCAGGCAUGCCAUACCUAGAGAACCUGUCCCUGCAUGGGAACCCCUGGACCUGUGACUGCCACAUGAGAUGGUUCAAAGAGUGGAAUACAAAUUCACAAGGUGUGUUAAAAUGUAAGAAGGACAAAGCUUAUUAUGAAGGCCAGCUCUGCCCUGUGUGUUCCUCUCCAAAACACCUAAAGAAGAAACAUCUCCAGGAGAUAGAGAGGCCCACUUGCAAUAUUCCCGUUCUCAGCACCCCACAUGGAGUCAUUUCCUCUGAGGACACAGAAAGUGAACUCCUGACGAUGGAUGAAUUUCGUCAACCCCUAGGCAACAUUUCCCUGGGCCUGUCAGACGAACAUGGACAUCAAGUAGACUUGAACUGCCUUGUCAUUGAGCCAAGAGAGCUGACUAGCAUAGGCUGGGACUAUGUUAACCAGAAUCAAAUAUCAGCAAACCUGACUCUGACAUUAGAUCUACAGUGUCCCAUUGACAGGUCGAAUUAUGAGAGGUUGUGGAGAUUGAUUGCAUAUUACAGUGGUGUUCCAGCCCACCUUCAAAGGGAAAUUAUGUUAAGGAAGGACCCUUACGUUAGCUUCAGAUAUCGGCAAGAUGUUAAAAGGGAUGCUCUUUACUAUACGGGAGUGAAAGCAGAUAUAGUAGCUGAGCCAUCCUGGUUAAUGCAGCCAUCAAUGGACCUCCAGCUUAACAGACUUCAGUCUACAAGUAAAAGUGUUAGACUCCUUCUAAGCACCCAUCUGACUGAAGUUGUGGAGACUGAAUCUUUAAGACAGCAGAAAAGGGGGUGGGUUAUAAUUGAUUCCAAAAAUGACACUAAAACAAUGCAGGCUGCUGUGGUGGGAAGUCCUGUUGAGAUAAGCUGUGCCAUACAUAGCUCAGGGAACCAGUCAGUUAAAUGGAUGCUCCCUGAUGGCUCUAUAUUAAAAACACCUUAUAGCAGUGGUGAUAACAGGCUCUCAGCAUCAAGUUCUGGCCUGCUUGAAAUCAAAUCUCUUGAACAUUCUGAUUCAGGAGUGUACUAUUGUAUUGCACAGGUCUCUGAUGACCUCACUAUCCUCCCUUUUCGUCUGACAGUGGAGGAAUCCUCCAGCCCACCUCCUGGAGGUGAAGGAGUAACAGAGCCAAUUACAAGAUUUGCAGGAGGAGCUGUUUCCCUUCCAUGUGUUGCCACUGGGUCGCCUGAUGCUGAUGUACACUGGAUUCUUCCUGAUGGAAGCAUUGUAAACAAGUGGGUAAACAUUUCUAAGACAAUUGUGUUAUCAAACGGAACUCUGAUUAUUCGACACAGUCAGCUUUCAGACAGUGGAUAUUAUAAGUGUGUAGCAGGAAACCAGCAUGGGAUGGACACUUUGGUAACAAAAGUAAUAAUAGCUAGACCACAAGGUACCCUCCCCUUAAGGAAAUACUCCAGCAGGCCUCAACCUGCUGAGGGACUUUCAACCAAAAUAAAAGUCAUCAUGACUAAUGAUGUGGAGUCAUCUGGGGAUAAUGAUCCUGAAGAGCUUUCUGAGAAAGCCCCUCUAAGGCGUGCUGAUUUACCCAAUGGAAGGAGGGUCCCAAAUAUGGGAAUAAGGGGUGGCCAUCCAUCUAGGAAUACUUGGAGACGCCCUAUUAUGCCAAGGGGAAGAGUAAGUACCACAGGAGGGGACAGGGUUAACACUGUAGAGUCAAGAAGAAGAAUUAGUAUGUCAAACAACCAAAUAGAUCCAAAGCGCUGGGCUAGCAUUUUGGCAAAAGUUCGCAGUGGUGGAACUAGUCCAAAAACUACUAAUCCAAACUCUGUUCAAAGCAGUACAAACAGAAUACAGGAGUCAGAGACUGCCUACACAAAGAAGUCAGAAACUACUAACAGGAUUGAAGGAUCAUCUGCAGAAGGUACAACAAAAACAGUACCAUUUGAAGAGGCACUGUACGCAGUCACAAUGUCACAGAUGCCUAUUCAGGUUACUAAUUACAACAUGGAUAUAAGACCUCUGGAUUAUGAGGACCAGAGACAUGUUGUUUACCAGAUAGCUGCACCUGAAACUGAUAUGAAUUCAGAUGUGUUUACAGUUAGCACACCUAUUGCACAACCCACAGUUGGUCCACAGAUGACCCAUUUUACUGUGGGACAUUCAGAAGUUGCAGAGGGGUUUAAAAUGAGCACUAUGUUGAGCACAAUGUCAUAUGGAACUAAUUUACAGGAAAAACAAAGCCACACAAUGGAUGAUAGUAGAGCAGUUGAAGCAAUGCAGAAGUUUGAUGAUGACGAUGAUGAUGAUGAAUACAGGGUUUUAAAAAGUCUUGAACAUGUGGGACAGGAUUAUCAAGGAAAGACUUAUUACAGCUUAGCAUCAACCUCCGCAAAGGCCGACAUAGGACCAAGUUCAGAAACAUAUGGUGAUGCCAACUCAUUUACUGAAAUCCCAACUACAAUUAAGCAAGGAACACAGCCCCUACAAAAGCACACAACUCAAGAGAAAAAUAAUAUCUCAAAAGUUCCACUGCUUACUACUGUGACAUCAACCACCAAACCCACUUCAGGAAAUAAUAAAGCAACCUCCUCUAAUUCACUUACUGCUUCAUCCUCACGUGCUAGGAACUCGUCCAGCAGGAGGAGGACUGGUGGAAGACGUAGAAAGCCUAAUAGAAUUAGAACUAAGGCAAACAGUUUUAAAUCAUCUGUAUAUCUCACAAAUGCCACCCCACAGCCCACUUCAGCUUUAAUUGCUGAGGUCAUGAAUGGGUUUUCAGUCGUUACUAAGACAACUGCUUUCUUUAAAACUAAUAUUGAAACAUCUCAAUGGGCCAAAAGUGCAGGAGCCAAGAUUAAUACUACUGUUCCAUUAACUCACAGCCAACUACCGUCACUAGGCAAAAUGACUCAUAACGAGAACACAGAUCCUUUAUACAGUGGCAGGAAUCACCAAACCCAUAAAUUCAUACACCAAGAAAAAUUGUCUGUAACAAAGUAUAGAUACUCACCCAAUGCUAAGACAACUCAAGAACUCAAAAGCACCACAACAGUUUCAGUGACUCCAUCAACAUCCAUUAGUUUUGGAAAAGAAGACGAGAAAGCAACUUUGCACAAUGAAAAAAUAUACACAUUGUCUCCUAUUCCAAAUCCUCCAUUGAGGGCAGCCGACCAUGAGUGGUUUACUAGUAUCCGUACCCCUGCAACUAAAACUUUUGAAGAGACACAACAGAAAAGCAUUACAGAAGACACCAGCUUAAGCCCAACAUCAGAUGACUCCCUUGAGAGCUCUCGAGCACAAUCAGAAGAGAUCCCAGGUGAAAGUCCAGACAAAACAAACAACCAAUAUAAACCCACAGAUGCUGAAAAUGUGAUGUCAUCCAAAGAGCUUGUGAGGAUGUUUCCACUGAGGCUAUUCUCUUCAUCUUCCCCAAGCACCCAGCAUCAAACUCUCGAAAAUGAUUAUGCAAAAAUCCCACGUGGUUCAGUGACGGCAGUCAUUUUUGAAGGAGCUCACCAGAGUUCACUGGUUCCAACAGACAGGCCCAAAAGCUCUCAACAAUUAAUGCUUGCAACCACACAACCCAGCAGGGUUUCAGCUGAUAGCAUUCACAACAGAGAAGAUUCAACUCCAGCUAUGAAUCUUUGGAGUCCAUCAGGAAAUGUUAAUGAGCCUCCAUUUACUAAAGAAAACAUACUUACCACAACCACAAUAACUACUACAACAGCCAUAAAGCCCCCUACAGCAUGUACACAUACGCAUUGCCCAAUUACACCCCUUUCUGCAAGCAGGGUAGUUGAAACAGACAAUGCAAAUCACAUUCCUGACAGUCACAAAGAAAGAUUUGUAACCCCAGGCCAGGAAACCAUUGGUAAACUUGAAUUUAACAGACCAUCCAAUAGAACAACAUCUCCAGUUAGACUAUUUUCUUAUCAAUCAGCCAGUGUUAAACCAUAUACUGUCAGUGGCACAAAUUUCAACUCUGAGGAGACGAGAUCUCAAAGAUUAGAGGGAAACAUCUGCAAAAAGACCAUUACAAAAGCAUCCAUAACUCCACCACUGUCUUCAACAUAUUCCUCAACACAGCAACAAUUUCCUAUGAGGCAAGGUGUUCAGAGUAGUGGCAACUCUUCUAUACAUUACACCAUAUCAGGAGGAGUUCAACAAAGACAAACAACAGUGCCCGAGGGUAGAGGAAGACCUCAAAUCACCAGCACAGACAUUAGCUCUGUUGCAGCACAGAUUGAAACUGAUGCAUAUUUGCCCUGUGUUGCUGUGGGGAUGCCCAAUCCUUUCCUUUCCUGGACUAAAGUUUCUACAGGAGUUAGUGUUGCACAGAACACUAGGGUCCAGAGGUUUGAAGUCCUCUCUAAUGGCACACUUGUUAUCCGCAAAGUAAUUCCUCUGGACCGAGGCCAGUACCUCUGCAGUGUCCAAAACCAGUAUGGAGAGGACAAGACCAUGGUUAAUUUAAUUGUUUUGGCUGAACAACCCAGAGUGCUGCAGCCACGCUAUAGAGAAGCCACAGCAUACCUUGGAGAAAGUGUUGAGCUUGAUUGUCAGUCUCAAGGGCAUCCUCAGCCUCGAAUCACCUGGGUCCUCCCUGAUAGGGCAAUGGUACAUUCUGGUGGACCUACUCAUGGCUUGUCUGAUCAGAGGGUCUCAGCCUCAUCCAAUGGCACGCUUCACAUAAAAUCGGCCAGUCACACAGAUCGAGGAAUUUAUAAAUGCAUUGCUAGUAAUGCAGCAGGUACUGAUGCCAUAUCUAUUCGACUCACUGUUGCUGCCUUGCCACCCAUCAUUCAACAGUCAAGGCAUGAGAAUGUCACUCUUCCAGAAGGAAGCACUGCCCAAUUGAAGUGCAUUGUCAAGGCUGCCCCUCCCACUUCCAUUAGCUGGACUACCCCUGAUGGCAUGCAACUCCAUCCCUCUCAGUUUAUUAAUGGCCAAAACAUGUUUGUCUUCCCCAAUGGGACACUAUAUGUUCAUAGUCUUUCUCUGACAGAUACGGGUAGAUAUGAAUGCACAGUAACCAAUGUGGUUGGCACUGCAUGGAGGGUCAUUAAUUUGACUGUAAGGAAAUCCAUAAUAUCCUCCAGGGCCAGGAUUACAUUCUCAUCAUCUCAAAAAACAGAUGUGGUCUAUGGAAGCAGGUUGAACCUGGACUGUAUUGCAUCAGGGGAUCCAGAACCAAGGAUCAUCUGGAGGACUCCAUCCAAAAAGCUUGUGGAUGCUCACUACAGUUAUGAUCCGAGGAUCAAAGUAUCUUCCAAUGGUACACUAUCCAUCCUUCCUGUGACAGAGAAAGAUGAUGGUGAAUACCUCUGUGUUGCUCGCAACAAAAUCGGUGAUGAUUUUGUGCCCCUUAAGGUCAAUGUCCUGACAAAACCAGCCAAAAUUGAGCAGAAGACAGAGGUGGAUAGGACUGUAUUGUAUGGCGGUAACCUAAAGGUUGACUGUGUGGCCUCAGGGCUACCCAAUCCAAAAAUCCAGUGGGCAUUGCCUGAUGGCACCAUGAUCGACAAUGUCAUUAAGCCUGAACAUCAUAUUUGGAGUCGAAGUCGAAGGUAUGUUGUCUUUGACAAUGGAACACUCUUCUUCAAUGAAGUAGGGAUGCGUGAAGAGGGUGACUAUACUUGUUAUGCUGAGAACCAGAUUGGUAAAGAUGAGAUGAAAGUGCAUGUUAAUGUAGUUGCAGAUGUGCCUGUUAUUGAAAAUAAGACACAUGAUUUCAUCAGGGUUCUCUACGGAGAAUCUGUAUCUCUGAAAUGCAGUGCCAAAGGUGAGCCAACGCCUCUUAUAUUGUGGUUCUCACCCACUAACAAAGUCAUCACUUCAGUUUCAGGCAAGUAUAUUAUACAUACUAAUGGGACUCUAUUCAUUCAGAAAGUUCAGCGAUUUGAUGGUGGGAACUAUGUAUGUCUGGCGAGGAACACUGCAGGGCAGGAUCGCAAAGUGACCAGAGUAGAAAUCCUUGUCUCUCCUCCAACAAUUAAUGGUCUCAGAGGCACCACAAAUUCACUAAGAGUGUCUGCUGUAAGAGAUCAGCGAAAAUUGAUUGAAUGUGAGGCCACUGGCACCCCUGCUCCACGUGUCAUGUGGGUUCUCCCAGAGAAUGUUGUUCUCCCUGCACCAUAUUAUGGGAGUCGAAUGACAGUACAUCGCAAUGGCACUCUGGAUAUCCGCUUAGUGAGAAUAACAGAUUCAGGCCAGUUAGCCUGUAUUGCUCGUAAUGAGGGAGGUGAGACAAGGCUUGUUAUUCAGCUUGAUGUAACAGACAUUUUAGAAAAGCCAAAACUUAGGAGUCCAAAAAUGGAGUCAGUCUCAUUGACUGUGGGCAGGAUCAUUAACCUAAACUGUUCAGUUGAAGGGUCACCAGCCCCACAGGUGACAUGGAUCCUUCCAAAUGGCUCCCCACUAUUGAGAGGUGGGCAAUUCAAUAAAUUCCUCCACAAGUCUGAUGGGACAUUGGUCAUCAGUAACCCUGCUCUCUCAGAGGCAGGCACAUAUCGCUGUUUGGGACGCAAUGCCGGUGGAGUGGUUGAGAGAACAGUUACACUAACGCCAGGGCAAAAGCCAGAUAUCAAUAACAUGUACAACUCACCCCUUAGCGUCAUAAAUGGGGAGGAUGUCCAGCUGCACUGCUUGUCAAACACAGACUCUGUCCGUCUCAGCUGGACUCUGCCAAGUGGGAUGGUCUUAAACCAACCUCAAAGAGCAGGUCGUUAUGCCGUUCUUCCCAAUGGAACCCUCUCCAUCCAGCAAGCUUCUGUCCAUGACAGGGGAUCAUACACCUGCAGGGCUUCCAAUGAAUAUGGAAACUCCCUGCUCACUGUCCAAGUUAUUAUCAUUGCAUAUCCACCUCAAAUUACUAGUGGCCCAGCUCCUGCCACCUAUUCUAGAAGAGGAGUAGCAGUACAACUUAACUGUGUGGCCAUAGGUAUCCCCAAAGCAGAAGUGGCAUGGGAGACCCCAGAUCGAACACGGCUUGUUGCCAGCUCUCAACCACGUCUGUUUGGGAACAAGUAUCUCCAUCCUCAGGGCUCCUUAAUCAUCCAGAACCCUACAACAAGAGAUGCUGGAUUCUACAGAUGUACAGCCAGAAAUGUGAUAGGGGUUGACUCAAAAGGUACAUACCUUUAUGUAUACUGAGAAGCAGACAACAUCUUCUGUUCAUAUGCCCAAGGAACUGCGUUGUUGAGCUGUCAUCCAAGUUUGAUAGCUUUAGCAUUUGUCAAUGUGAAAUAUUGAAUGGAAUCAGCCCAACUCAAAAACAUUACAUUAUUUCUGACUAAUCAUGGGUGCUUAAAAUUACAAUGUUUGCAACAAAAAAUUUACAAAACGUUUAAAGGUACUUUUCUUUAGAAGCUUGCAAAGCGAUUCAUGUAAGCAACAUAACCAACCUACUGAUAUUAUGAGGCAUCUUUCUACCUUUAUUGUUUGACAAUGACAGUUUAUGUCAAAAUGUAUAGAUGAAAAAUACUUUAUGGCAGCCUUUUAUUCUGAAUGUCACAAUUUUUCAGGGAUAUAAUUAUUGUAAUAAUACUUCUCUACAUAUUUUUUCAACCAUACUUGGAGAACUUGUCAUUGAAUGACAAAAGCUCAUAAUCUGUUAUCACAACUGUGGCUAGAGCAUGUUUUUUUGUUUGUUUGUUUGUUUUUUUUUUUUUUGUUUUUUUGCAGUAGAAGCAGCCUUUGAGAAGCAGCAUUUAUUUGCAUCACACAUUAUACAUUUUGAACAUAUACAGUGAAAUUUUUUUUUUUUUUGCACAUCCCAGCUAAGCUGGGGUCAGAGUGCAGGGUCAGUAUUAAAUUUAUUCACAGAUUCUCAUUAAUAAUUGACAGAAAAUCAGGAACACAGUUGUCUAUUAUAGUGUCUGCAUAUGACUCCUGUCUACAUAGGUCUGUUUAAAGAUGGCUCAUUCUUGUACCCACUUUUAACACUUAUAAAUUAUUUGUCUUUUGAAGACUAAUGUAUUUCUAUUUUGUAUAUUUUUUAAUAAAUAAGACUUUAAAAAAUGUUCAUGUCAGCCUUUCUGAGGUCAAACAAGGUGACCCAUCAGUAGUUGUGACAGUCAUAGCAGACUUGGCCAUAUUACUAUUAUUAGGGGUUAAGCUCUUAGCCCUGAAUCCCUAUUGUAAUGUAAUUGUUAAGAUUUUUAUUAUUAUUAUUAUUAUUAUUAUUAUUCCGCCAUAAAACUGAUCGGGCAGAGCAAACCGUAAGGCCUAGAGACUUGAAAAUUGGUCAGAUGGUAGUUUUCGCAAAAACGCGAAACUGCUCAUAACUCCUGGACCAUUUGUCAUAGACUCAAGUUCUUUAUACCAUUGGAAUCCUUGGCUCAAACAAAACAAAACGUAUAUCUCUGAUUCAAUUUCUGCCUAUAAAAGUUUUCCGCCAUCUUGGAUUUUUUGUAAAACCUACUAUUGCGAACUAGUCCUAGGUUUUUUGUCCAAUCGGGACCAAACCAGUGCCAAAUGAUUCUAUGGAGUGUCAUUAUCAAAAGUUAUCAAAAAAAGUUUGAACUUUCGACUUGAGCUAGCUACGGUAUGUGAAAACAUAGGAAGUAGGAGUGGCCAAUUUUAUGUAAAUGGAUAUAACUCUUGAAGGAAAUGAGAUAUCUUCACCAAACUUGGCAUGCUUAUGUAAGAGGUCAAUCUUUGAUCGCCCAGAAAAGGUGGUACAGUUUUGCCACAUGAUGGCGCUAUAAUAGCAAAAAAAAAAAAACAUGACAUUGGUUGUAACAAUGAAACUGUUAAACCUAUUGACUUCAAAAUUUGCAUACAUUGUCUUUGUCUCAUCUGCCAUUAUUGUCUGUAUGGACAUUCACAUAUGUUGAAAAACAUGGACGCUAUCAGCCAAUCAAAUUUCAGCAGCUAUUACACAAGAUUAACAAUGACCGAUCGGAACGAAACUUGGUGGACCUAUUUGACUCUUAGUCUGAGAGGAUUGUGCAAAGUUUAAAUAAAAUCGGGCACUAGGUGGUGCUAUCACGAUUUUUGUAGGUGUUAAUGGUUGUAUAUAAUGCAGUGUUGUGAAAAAACAUAAGUAAUGUAUAUCACCUGAUAGCUCUUCUCAUUCUAAACAACUUUGCCUCAAGAAGCAUUGGUGUCUGUCAAACCGUUCUGUAAAUAUUUCAGAUAAUGUUAAAAACCUACUUUUGCGAACUAGUCCUAGGUUUUUUGCCUGAUCGGAACCAAACCAGUGCAGAAAUAUACUAUACUAUAUAAUAUACUCUGGAGUCUGAUUAUCAAUAAAUAUAAAAAAAAAAAUAGCAAAAAAUGGCUAUAACGCCCGAACGAAAUGAGAUAUUUCACCAAACUCAGUACACAUGUGUAUGAAUGAGCUCAAUCUGAGGUCACAGUAAAAAAAACACGGAGUUUUGCCACUUGGUGGCGCUAUAACAGGACAACAACAUGAAAACAGCUCUAACUACGUAACCCUUAGUCUGAUUGAGUUGAAAAUCGGCAUGCAGUGUCUUUGUCCAAGGUACCAUGACUGUGUAUGAGUACAUUGGCGUAUCUCAAAAAACAUGGCUGCCAUCAGCCAAUGAAAUUUGAGGACCUAUUAGACAAGGUUAACAGAGGCCGAUCGGCACAAAACUCGGUGGGCCUGUUCGACUCCUGGCCCUAGAGGUCUGUGAGAAAUUUGAAAGAAAUCAGCCAAUGGAUGGCGCUAACGAGUUUUACGCCUCUGUAAUCAUGUGGUGUUUCACACAUACACACAAUGGCUGUGUCCCAAUUCAAAGGCCACACCUUCGAAGGCCGCGAAGGUCGGACUGAGCAUUGUUAAUUGGGACAGUCUAGCCUACGGAGGACUGUUCUUGUCACCUAACAACUGUGACAGCUGCCGAGUAACUGUAAUGUUUGUAUUGGACUUUUUUGAAAGUUAUAUUAAACUGUCUGAAAACAAAACAGGGUUCACAAACUGUCUAAAUAUUUUCAUCAUGGUCCAUUUCUGUAUAUAAUAAAGAGUAUAAUCUAUAUAUAAUCGCAUCUUAGUAAGAUAUGUCAACAUUUUAACCACUUUAAAUUUUUUUUUUUUUUUUUUUUUUUUUUACAUUUGUAUCAUUAGAUAUUUGAGUAAGUUGAAACCCAAUACUUACGUUUAAAAGAGUAAUUCGGCAAUUUCUCUCAAAAUAAAUCCUGUCAUCACUGGCGCGCAAUGAAUUCUGGGGUAGGCAAGGCCGCAAAGGUUCCAUCCGUUGUAUCCUUCAUUUCACGAGAAACGAAGGACACAUUUGGAGGCCGCAUUUGAAGGAGCCUUCGAAUUGGGACAGCCUUUGUCACGCAGCAGUGACGCAAUCGGCCUUCAAAUGCGACCUUUGAAGGAUGCAGCCUCUGAAUUGGGAUGCAGCUAUAAUUCAUAUCAUUUGUUAGAUCUCCUCAUACUAAACAACUUUGCCUCAAGAACCACUGCUGUCAAUCAAAUCGUUUAUUAAAUAUUCAUGAUUAUGUAAAAAACCUACUUUUGUGAACUAGUCCUGGGUUUUUCGCUCAACCUCAAUAAAACCAAUGCAGUACAAUUCUCUGGACUCUCUAGGUCAAUAAUUAUAAAAAAAAAAAUGUUAAACUUUACCCUUUGGGUAGCUAUAACAGUGUCAUUUAGAAAAUGGGCGUGGUCAAGUAUACAAAUAAGCCCAUAAUUCCUAAACAAAAACUCAGAACUUCACAAUUAGGUGAGCACAUGCGACACAUGAUUCUAAACAAGCAUGCAGACUUUUAUGAGGAUCGGACCAUAGGUGGUGCAAUGAGCUUUAAAAAGCUUUAAAAACCAUGUAUUUCCUUAGUAAAUUGCCUGUAUUGGCUGCAAAUGGUCUAUUCCAUAUAUGAUCUAGGUGGUUACAUGCUUGCUAAAUAAAACAUAAUAACUUUUUACGCAUGUGCUUAAAGGGCUUAAACUGCUUGAACCCCGUUAUAUUUAUUAUUAUGAUUAUUAUUAUUAUUUUAAUUAUUUUAUGCUGUUUAGUCAGGUCAGUUUAAUUUGGAUAGCACAUUUCAGAAUAAAUUGUUUUUAAGCUGCUUUACAUAAAAUAGUUUCAUAGUACCCCCAGUGAGCAAGUGAACACAAGAAAAAUCUCUCUGAUAUGGUUAGGUAAAGGAAAAAACUUUGAGGAACCACACUCAGCAGGAAGAAAUGCAAACUGUCUAGUUAAAUAAUAUGUGUAAUACAAGUCAUAUGUUUAUUUAAGAAAAUUUUAAUUAUUUAAUGUUUUAGUAAGAUAAUGAUUACAUUGUAAUGAUAAUGAUAAAGUUGUAAUCUUUUGAGUCUGAAAGAAUGCAGGCAGUGGUCAGUAAAUUUUCCCUUGAUGUGAUUUUUAUUUUUAUUGUGCAGAAUUAAGAUAUCCUUAGAAUUGUUUGUGACUAAUGCAAGCAUAAAUACAAGAUUGACUGCCAAAUUAAGAGUAUGUCUGGCUAAAGAGAUAAGUGUUAAGUCUAGACUUGAAUUGUGAGAAUGCGGUCUGACAUAGUAAACAGAGAGCAGGAGUCAGACAUUUCAACGGAUCCCACACACAUUUAAAGCAUCUGGACCAUUAAAGAAACUUAAAGAACAAUAUCCUUCUGUGGUUUACAGAAAUGGGAAAGAAAUCAGAAGGAAAUGUUUUUCCAAGAGAGUGACUGAAAAAGCAUAUCCUCUGUGGGAGUCAUUACACUGCCAUGAAAAUGUUAUAGAGAUAUAAAACAUCAGGGGGAUUUGAGGGGGACUUCAUUUUCUAUAUUUACAAAGAGUAUAGGCCUGGUCCAUAAUCCAUCCUUGGGGACUCAAAUUGCUAAUAAUGAUGAGCUAAUCAAUAAGGAUAAAUAAAGUCCCUUAUUUAUCUUGCUUGGUAAUCUGCAUUUCAGCAGAAAUUAUUUAUUCAAGGUGAAUUGCUUUUGUCCUAACCUUCACUGUAGCUGCAUUGUACAUAUUUGCCUGUCAUUAGCAUCUUAAUUUAUUUGAGUGUACUGUUCUGUAUUGCCAUGGAAGAGUAAAAACAAAAACAAGAUAACCUGAGUUUUUUUAUUUAUUUAUUUGGUGCCUGUUCACCAGCUGCUGAAGAGUCUGCUACUAACUCAAUGUUCUGCAUCAGUGAAGACAGACAUGAAGCUUGAGCUCCACAUCUUUGGCACACCUGGGCACGCUUGUCUGCACCGGUUAAGAUGAGGCAGUUAAGGGAUGACUGUACAUUCUGAACAAAACCCAGCUGUCUAGCUCUUUUUCCAUGAUUUUGUUUUGACACUCUGGAAUUGGUGUUUUGACAGAGAUGUGAAAAAAUAACUAGCCUAAAACUGCAUGUAAUCUAUUAAUAUAGCCUAUAGAGUAAUGUAGUUUUCAUGCCAAUCAUAAAC